ACAUCACUUUGUCUUAGUGUGUUCGAGAGCGAGGAAACACUUCGUCCCUCUAAUUGACCCGAAGCACCUGUCCGGACCGCCGACGUUCGAUCGAGCAACUCAUUCUCAUCUCACGCACCACUAUUCCCUCUAACCAAAGUGCCCUUUUCUUACUCUGUCUUCCACACCAAUCUGCCCAAAAUGUCUUCCAUCUCCGACGAGGUCGCCGCCGACUUCAAGGACGCCCUGCAAGACCUGAAAGUCAAUAGUAGACCAGAGAUUAGCAAUCUAACCCUCAUCGCGAAAGAGAACACAGAGCAUGCACAGGCGAUAUCGACCGUACUAGAGAACCACAUCCGAACCGCUCGUCCGGAAUGGAGGCUCCCUUCACUUUAUGUACUUGACUCCAUCGUCAAAAACAUCGGUACUCCCUAUACUGUUUACCUUGGCCGCGGUCUAUAUAAGACAUUCAUGGAAGCAUACUCGAAAGUGGACCAACCCACCCGAAAGGCAAUGGAAGGCUUAUUGCGAACCUGGAAGCAGCCAGUCCCCGAAUCGAUGGAUUCCCGUCCAGUCUUUCCUCUUGAGAUGACUAGUGAUAUAGAAAACGCGCUUAAUAAGAUGCGUUCUGUUCAGGCUCAAAUGCAGUCUCAGCGCCAGGUGCAUGCCCUGCCAGCGAGGCCUGUCAUUGCUGCCGCCUGGAGGAACACACCCACGCCUCCACAAAACGGCGCUCAAUUUGUCGCUCCAGUUGACCCUCGAGCUCGACAGUUCCCUGGGCAACAAUUUGGGCAGCUCCCGCAACCCACGCCAACGCCAGAUCAAUUCAGUCAGCCUAUGGGCUCUGUUGAUUUGAACGAAUUGAAAGAAGAGGUCGGCAAGCUCAUCGCUACUACUCAGCAAGCAUUUGCACUCAAUUUUAGUGACCCUAGCUUGCAACAGAAGCUCAACGCACUACUUCAACUUAAGAAGAUGUUGGAUACACAGACUCUGCCACCACAGCAACUCGAGGCUGUUCGCAAUCAGAUUCGAGCGCUGGCCCCGCCACCUGCACCUACGCCAGUGCAAAUGCCGGCCUUCAUCCCUCCACCGAUUGUCCAUACGCCGCAGCAACCGCCAACACCUACUUUUCAGCCUCCUGCAACUGCUGCACCCGUGAACCUUGCGCAGAUGCUUGCAAAUUUCCAAUCUCCUCCUGCCGUUAUGAACCCGUCUCCCGCUCCCGCACCUGCGGCGCCUAACCUGGCAGACUUGAUCGCACGCAUGACGACUCCACAGUCUUCCACGCCAAAUCCUGCGCCGUUUUACCCUUCACCGUUUCCCGGGCCUUCAGGGUCGACUCCUGUUCCUGCACACCCUAUCCCAGCAUCAGCACCUGCACCUGCAGCUACUCCGGUUCCCGCACCUCCAACCAACCUCGCACAACUUCUGGCUAGCUUUAACAAACCGUCUGCAGCAGCUGCAGCAGCCCCGACCCCACCUCCGUUUAAUCCGGCUCUCCCUCCCCAAAUUCCGAAUCUCAGCCAAUUGCUGGCGCAGGCGCAGCCUGCUGGUGCGGCACCGCCACCGCCUAACAAUGCAUCGUGGCUUUUGAAUGCUCUGAGCGGACUGCCUAAUGCUGGAACGCCUUCGAACCCCACGCCUCUCGGCUCUGAACCCAUGACACGACAAUCUUCUGCGCCAGUCAAUGUGCAUAACGAUGUUGAACUAACGACUGCAUCCAUGAAGCAACCACGUCCACAUCUCAUCUCCCGAUUAUACGAUGCAAAGCCCAACAUCUGCACUACGUGCGGGCGACGAUUUGAUGCGACGUCACAGGGUAGAGAGAAGAAGGCCCGUCACAUGGACUGGCACUUCAAGAUGAAGGACCCUGAUGCUGCUAAGCGUGGCGUCCACCGUAGCUGGUACUUCACUGAGAGGGAGUGGAUCGAGUAUCGCGAGGUCGAUGAGACAGCUCCUGAGGACACGACUAACGGCCCCUCGGGGGCAGCUGGAAGGGUCAAGAAGCAGGCGAAGGACCGAUACGUUCUAGUCCCACAAGACGUCACGCUCGCCCACGCGCCGUGCCCGAUUUGUCAGGAGAACUUUGAGCCCCAAUGGUCCAAGGAUGCUAACGAUUUCGUAUGGAUGGACGCGGUAAAGGUCGGCGGCAAGAUAUACCAUGCGACGUGCUGGGAGGAGUACAGCAAGGGUGCUGGCAUUGCUACGCCGAGCACCCCGGACUCCGUGCUUGGAAAGCGCACGGCUGAAACAGGUACGCCUGCGUCCGGGAAGAAGCUGCGCGCUUUUUGAGCGAUGCGGCUGGUAUUGCUGGCACGUUCUUGUCUUUGGGCGGAUACU